AUGGCCCCUCUAAUCUUGCAUAAUGUUCCUGAUGAGGAGCUGUACAUUGGCGAAGAUGGUGUCCAGAGACCAUAUGCCAUGAUCUACCCACAGCAAGAUGGCAACCCAGGCAACGCGGGCAACGUUCGAAACCGACGAGCAGUCCCCGAGUCGGGCGCUUUUGGCAAGUCGACGCGUCGUUCGAGAUCCAAGACCGCCACCCCCGCCAGACGCGAAGACCCUACCAUCCAGUCGGCGCAAAAGGUCUUUGCCGCCUAUUUCGAGCAGCAAAGCUUCCAGCCCGAGGAGACGUCAGACGCGUCAGCAUCACAAAAGCAACGACGCCAAUCUACCACAGCCCAGCUCCUCCCGUCCGCACACGUGCCAACCGAGAUCAUACUGCGCGGCUUCAAGGAUAUUGACCAGCAGUACGCCGCAAUCAACCGGUACGAGCACAUCGCCGGGCGCAUCUGCGAGGAUUACCCACGCGAUCCGCCCUACGAGAUCCGACGGUACAAGUCGGAGCUGCGCGACCCAGCGUUUGUCCGCCGGCGCGCUUUGACGCCCGAGGAGCGCGCCAAGGUGAACCGGGCGGACAGCGGUGACCAUUGGGUCAAGGUGACGUUCGAGUCGCAGCAGGCUGCGGAUGCUGCCAUCUACGCCAGCCCACAGGCCAUCCUCGGCCAUCUCGUCUAUGCCGAGUACUACAAGGGCAUGUCGCCCACCCGUGACGAGGCCGUACCCGACGCGACGACCACUGCGCAGGGCGACGAGAUACCGGCGGGGUGGCGACGGUCGGGCUUUGGAGGAAACAGGACGGCGGCAGAGCUCAGGUCAAGCUUUGGCGAGGGCGGCCUGCCCGAGAAGGUGAUAGCCAGCGACGCGAACGAGCUCUCACCACCACACUCACACGCCAGUAGCCGCACAGUCGAGAGCGGUACCGUCGGCACCGGUACGUCCUCUUCCUCGACCGUGAUCGGGGCCCAACAUGCCCAGAACGGCGGCGCUCUCGUUCCUGAAGCAGCCGCCGCGGCCUCCUCUUCCUCCAGCGCAGGGCAGAGCACAUAUUGCAGGGUGAUACCAUCGGCGCGGAAGGCGGUGCUCCUACCAGCCGAGCAAGCCCUGCUGCCACAGCCGUCCUUCUCAUCACGUGUGCUGGCUCAGAUUCCCUUUCUCAAAUGGUUCAGCGGGGCAAUGAUCGGGAGCGAGGUGCCACGGACGGCCGAGGGCGAAUUUGACUGGGCCACCGCCAGCCUGUACUGGAAGCUGAUCUGCUGGCUGGACCUCUACUUCCGGCUGUUCUCGGGCGAUAUCUGCAGCGCGGACAAGGAGGAUUGA